AUGGACAAUUUACCGGCGGGGUUUGACAAGGAUCUGUUAAAGGCGGCACUGGCAUCGCUACGCGAUGAGGACAGUAGCGGCAGCGGGGGCGGGGGAAUGGAGUUGACGGACGAUUUGGUCUCCCGCGUGGGGCAGCGCCUGCAGCACCUGCAGGCCCUCGCCGCCGCGCGGGCGCCGCCCAAGUCCCCUGCACUUGCGCCCAACUCCCCCGCAGUUGCGCCCAAUUCCCCCGCUGUAGCUGCGCGUGACGGUCAAGGGGGAAGUGUGUUGGGUUCCCCCGCCCCACAGGCGUUGGAGGCUCAAAGAGUGGAUCAAGGGGAGCAGGCGGAACAAGGCCGUAACGAGUUCGGCGCGGAUGGCGCAGGGGAUCAUAAUGCUGGAGACGCCGAACCAAUCGGGGACUCGCAGCGUGCUGUAGCGCAUACGGGGCCCGCUAUAGCGGACACUGGGCGGAAGGAUCAUGAGGGGGCGGAUGGUGAAGGGGGAGCGGGGACAGACGGGGCGAAAGACGCGCAGGGCGGAAGCUCGGAGGCGGGCGGAGCGGAACAGACAGGACAGGAGGGCGGGGAGGGAACAGCGCCCCUGGCCGCGGGAGACGCGAAUGGGGGCCUAGUCAAAAGGGCUGGAGAAGGUGAAGGGGAAGGGGCGGAGGGCGCGAUGGGCGGAAUUUCCAGUGCGCCAGUUGCGCAGACGAACACUGCUCCGGUAGCGGGAGCGGUGGCGCACGCGGAUGAGGAGAAGGCGGAGAAGAUUGUGUUGGCGGGAUACAGCAACGACCGCGACCAGCGAAGCAACGAUCACGAACAUCAACAUGCACAGGGGCACGCGCAAGGGCACGCGCAAGGGCACGCGCAAGGGUACGCGCAAGGGCAUGCGCAAGGGCAUGCGCAUGGGCAAGCGCAUGGGCAAGGGCAAGAGCAGGGGCAAGGGCUAGGCGCGAGCCUCCAGCUGCCGUCCACCGCUGGCGCGCAGGAUAUAGCGCACACUGCGGGGGAAAACAAUAGCCCCGCGCAGGCCGCAGGGGUGCAAGCGGGCGGAGAAGCGGCAACGGGACGCGGAACCGACUCUUUUGCAGAAGAGAGACCGGGGAACGGGGGGCCGGGCGGGGAAGGGUCGGAUGGGAUGGGCGGAGAAGGGGGGGACGGCGGAGAGGACGAGGAUUCGGAAGAGGGCGUGGAGAAGGAGGCGAGCCGCAUGCUGUCGUCGCAGUACCGCGGGGUGGUGCCGCAGCCCAACGGGCGGUGGGGCGCGCAGAUCUACGAGAAGCACAGCCGCGUGUGGCUCGGCACGUUCAACGGCGAGGAGGACGCGGCGCGCGCGUACGACCGCGCCGCGCUCAAGUUCCGAGGGAGGGAUGCGAUGACGAACUUUCGGCCGAUGCCCGAGUCGCACCCCGAGAUCUGCUUCAUCAUGUCGCAGCCCAAAGAGAAGGUGCGCUCCCUCACUCGCCGCUCCCGCUCCCACAUGCUCCGCCCCCCGCCUCCCUCCCUCCGGCCUCCUCCCCCCGCGCUCCUCCCCCCCACUUCCUCCCCUCCGCCUCUUCCCCCACCGCGCUUUUUCCGCCUUUCGACCUGCCUGCUGGUGGACAUGCUGCGCAAGCACACGUUCGAGGAAGAGCUCGCCAACGCGAACCUUGCGGAAGCCGCCACGUCUCCGCCUGCGCAGCCCAACGCGCACGCGCUCGCGCUCCCCGCGCCUUCCACGCAGCAUGGGCAAGGGCAGGGCGCGCUGAUGCUGCCGACGCAGGGACAGGCGCAUCCCCACGACCCCCCUUACCCUGGACAUUCCCCGCUCUCGCUUCCGCCAUCCGCGCAUCUCCACCCCGCGUCCUCCGGUUUCCCCGCCGGUUCCUCCCCCUCUGCGCCGCUCGGCCCAGGUCGCCCCGCGCAAGACGGCGCGGGGACGCCCCUCCGCAUCGUUGGGAGCGCCGGCGCUCCCGCAGGCGCGGGAAUGGGCGGCGGGCGGGAACUGGGGUUCCCCGCUGCGGACGCGGCGCAGUCAGGCGGAGGGGGGUUCCAUGGGGGAGGGGGCGGAGCAGGGGGAGGAGCGGGACCAGGCGGGUAUGGCGGAGGGGCCGGCCAGGUGAUGGGGGCAGCCGGGGGAGGCGCAAUGGCAGGAUCGAUGGGGGGAGGCAUGGGCGGAGCGAUGGGCGGAGGCGGCGGGGGCGGGGGUGGCGGGGGUGGCGUGAGCAUGGCGGGGAAGGAGCAUCUGUUUGAGAAGGCGGUGACGCCGAGCGACGUGGGGAAGCUGAACCGGCUGGUGAUUCCCAAGCAGCACGCGGAGCGCUGCUUCCCGCUCGACCCCAACCUGCCCACGCCCGCCAUGACUCUCUCGUUUGAGGAUGAAGCUGGGAAACACUGGCGCUUCCGGUAUUCGUACUGGAACAGCAGUCAGAGCUACGUGCUGACCAAGGGGUGGAGCCGCUUCGUCAAGGAGAAGCUUCUAGUCCCGGGGGACAUCGUCUACUUCCACAGGGGCACCUUUUCAGGCGCCUCAACACUCCCGCCACACCUCCAUCCCCCUCUCGCCCACGCAGGGGCACCUUUUCAGGCGCCUCAACACUCCCGCCACACCUCCAUCCCCCUCUCGCCCACGCAGGUACUCGUAUUGGAACAGCAGUCAGAGCUACGUGCUGACCAAGGGGUGGAGCCGCUUCGUCAAGGAGAAGCUUCUAGUCCCGGGGGACAUCGUCUACUUCCACAGGGGCACCUUUUCAGGCGCCUCAACACUCCCGCCACACCCCCAUCCCCCUCUCGCCCACGCAGGUACUCGUAUUGGAACAGCAGUCAGAGCUACGUGUUGACCAAGGGGUGGAGCCGCUUCGUCAAGGAAAAGCUGCUCGUCCCGGGAGACGUAGUCUACUUUCACAGGGGCACCGCGGGUGACCUCUUUAUAGGCUUCCGCCGCCGCCCCGCGCAGGGCUUCGCGCCCUCCGCCGCCGCAUCCAGCGGGGGCGCGGGCGCCGCGCUGGGCUCCGCGGACGGGGCGCAAGACGACCCCAUGGGGCUGCAGGGGAGGUCCUGGCGGAGGCCCUCCCCGCCCCGCCAGGCGGGCGGGGCGUAUGGGGGGUUUGGGGGAGGCGGGCAGCGGAGAGCGGACGGGGGAGGGUAUGGGCGGGACGAGGGGGAGGAUAGUAUGGAUGGGGAGGUGGGGAGUGUAGGCGGGGGCGGGGGAGGGGGCGGGGGAGGGGGCGGGGGAGGGGGCGGGGCGGAGCAGGGGAAGCUGGGCGCGAGCAAUCUCGCGGCGCUGGCUGCAGCGAAGCUUCCUGCGUCGCUGCUGGCACAGCUGGGCCCGUCGGGCGUGGCGCAGCUGGCGUCACUGCUGACGUCAGUGUCAGGUCAGGGUGGGCUGACCCCUGCCGUGCUGCUCUCUCAUAUCCAGCAGAUUCAACGUCAGAAGCAGCAACAGCAGCAGCAGCAGCAACAGGCGCCGUUGCAGCACCAGGAGCAGAAAGAGGAGGAACUGGAGGAGGAAGAGGAGGACGAGGAAGACCACUUGCAGCAGCAGGGGCAUGGGCAGGGAGGGGGUGCGAUGGAGGGCGAGGGGGCAGUGAGCGAGAUAGUCCCUGGGGUGGUGAAGGGUUCAGUACAGGAGCAGCUGGUGAAUGCCGCAGUGGCUAAGGGGCUGGCUGCGGGGCUGUCGAGGGACCAGAUCGUGUCGUCCAUUGCCGCCCUGCUCGCGCAGCAGCAGGCCAUGCGCAACUCCUCCUCCGCUACAGACAAAGCUGGUGAUGCGCACGGCGGGGCGGCGCCGCAUGGAGACGGCGGCGCGGGUGGAAUGAGUGCGCCGUCUUUGCUGGUAGCGCCUGGGGCAGCGGGGGCGGGAGGGGCAACAGGUCCAGGGGGAGGAAUGGGGGGAAUGGGGGGGAUGGGGGGCAUGAAUACAGAUGGUCACGAGCCAGAGGGAGCAUGGGAGCAGGGCGGUCCGCCCCAGGCUCCCCCUUCUCUCCACCCGCCCCUCUUCCACAUGCCACAGUCGCUACCUCCCCUGGGUGGCACUCGGCCAGGGGGGUACGGAGGGGCGGGGGGCCUGGCGGGGAGGAAGCGGGCAGCGCCGGAGGACUCAGCAGAGCCGUCGGGGAGUCGGGGGGACGGGGGGGACGGGGGCGCGGACGAUGGCGCGUCCAUGGCGUCUGGCAUGGGCGGGGGGAAGCGCUUGGCGUCCCUUGCUGCUGCUGGCAGUGCGGCUGCUGGUGGGGGUGGCGGGGGGAGUUUCGGGGGAGGUGGUGGAGGGUUAGGUGGGUUGAUGGGUGCGCGGAUGAGUGGGCUUGGUGACGCUGGUAGGGAGGCUUCUGGCGGCUCUCCCUUUUACCAGCACCAGCAGCAACACAACCAGCAGCCGAACCAACAGAUGCCACAGAUGCAGCAGCAGUCACGGGGAGGGUUCAUGGGAGCAGCAGGUGGUGUGGCAGGCGGAGCAGGGACAGGAGGCGGCGGAGGUGGUGGUGGUGGUGGUGGUGGGGGCAGAGGGGGCUCCCCCCCCUCCAGCCUGGGCCCUGAGCGCUCAGGCAACUCCUCCCCUGGUGCUGCAGGCGCGGGCAUGAUGGGGGGCGCGGGGGAUGGCGCAGGGGGAGGCGGAGGUGGAUUGGGGGGGCUGUCAGGGUCAGCAGACGCAGCAGGCUUGGGAGCAGGGAGCAUGGCGGAUAACGCAGGGGGAGCGGGCGCGAGGGGCGGGGCAUUAGGGGGAGGGGGAGGGGGAGGGGGAGGGGGAGGAGGAGGAGGCGGAGGCGCGGGGGGAGAGGAGAGCUUGAGAGUGAAGUGCUUUGUGGAAGGGUCACCGUUUGGUGUGUCGGUGGAUUUGAGUCGGUUCCAGUCGACGCAGGAGCUGAGGGAGGCGCUGCUGUCAGUCACAGAGGGGUCGUCUGUGGUGUACCAGGACCGCGAGGGGGAUAUGAUUCUGCUGGGUGACGAGUCAUGGGAGUUCUUUCUCAAGUCGGUGCGACGCAUGUACAUCCGCCGGUGA